AUUUAUCUCAAAGUGUAAACAAGUAUUAUGAUUCAAAAUAAGUUCAAUUUUUCUGUCACUAUCAGUAUUUGAUUAUUCAUAAGCACAUAGCCGCAAUACAUGCCCUCUUGUUGAUCAGCGACAACAAGAUAAUCUUUGCGUUCAAAAUCGACCGUAAAAAAUUGUUGUGUCGAAGCACACAUCUUCACCAGCUAUGAAGAAACAUGGUCUUCAACAAGCAGCGCUCUGAAAUUAGGUGGAAACUCUUCAAGUGGUGCUUUGUCGUAAGUUAAGAGUUACAGGUAGAACAGAGUUUGCCAGCAUGGGAGAAGAACAUCACGUCCAUUUUGACGCCGCAGUGAUAAACGAUGAACUCCACGAUAACACAGUCAUUUAUCAAAUAUCAGGCGAAGGAAAGCAGCUCACGGUUCAUUUGGGAUUUCUUCAGAUAAAACAUAGAUAUCGCCUUGAGCUUAAUAUACCGGUGAAUGCGCUUGCCGAGGCUGGUUUCGAUGUGGGGUCAAACAAAAGUUUCAUCGUUGAAGAAAAAGCAAUUCCAAACAUCAACUGCAAAUUGCUUACCUUUCCCACAAAUAUCCUGACCGAUCGAGAUGGAAAACAGCACUACACUGUUGAGGUGGAGUUUUUUGCGCAUAAGGAAAAACUUUUGAAAGAACAUUUGGAGGUGUGUGGCAGUGAAGAUCAUGACCGCAAGCUGCACCUUACAUUUGUAGCACGUGUUUUGGGCCGUGGAAAAGGAACGCCAAUGCUACGAGAUGGCAUACAUUUGAUUUCCGUAGAAGAUAAUGAAGAAUCCGAACUGUCUGAUUGGCAGGGUUUCCCAGCUAAAUAAAAAUGCUGAUUUUUUCAUACUUUUUAACUAGCUAAAUAUUUUGUCAUGUUUUUAACAAUGGUUUUUGAAAAAAAUAUAUGCAUCAAUCUACGCUUAA